CACAACUCAUUAAUCCAUAAUUUCUUCAUUUUCAUCACUUGUGUUUCACACCACAUUCAUUCAUAUUCCAUUAUUCCAGAUUCUCUCAAGCUUUUUUUGCCUCCUCAACAUCUAUAUAAACCUCCUUCCCCUCUCCUUUUUUCUUCACCAAUCCCUCAACUCCACCUUUUCUCUCAUUUUUUCUGCAUCCUUUCUUUCUUUAUACCAAUUAUUCUUUAAUAUAAUGGCUCCAAGUUUGAGCAAAGGUGGUUCAAACGCCACUGUUCUUGUUGAUGGAGUCACCGACUCUUUGAUAACUCUCGAUGACUCUAAUUUCACUGUCAAUGAUCAUGUCUUUCUCACUGAAGUUCCUCCUAAUAUCACCGCCAUGCCCUCCCCCUACUUCGCCGGGGAUAAGGCUGUUCCGCCUCCAUCCGCUGCCUCCCCCGGCUGCUUUGUGGGGUUCGACACCAAAGAGCCCGGCAACCACCAUGUUGUCCCAAUUGGGAAGCUUAAGAACAUUAAAUUCAUGUCCAUUUUCAGGUUCAAAGUCUGGUGGACCACCCACUGGAUCGGGAAUAAGGGUUCCGACCUCGAGCGUGAAACUCAAAUCGUCGUCCUUGACAAAUCCGAUGACAGCAAAAGACCCUACGUUGUGCUGCUUCCGCUCAUCGAGGGCCCGUUUCGGGCCUCCCUCCAGCCAGGGACCGAUGACUACAUAGACAUUUGCGUCGAAAGCGGGUCAACAAAGGUCAAUGGAUCCUCGUUCCGGGCCUCGCUCUACAUGCACGCUGGGGACGACCCAUUCACCCUCGUCAAAGACGCCAUCAAGGUGGCGCGCCACCACCUCGGAACUUUCAAGCUGUUGGAGGAGAAAACUGCGCCCGGAAUCGUCGACAAAUUCGGGUGGUGCACGUGGGACGCGUUCUACCUGACCGUCCACCCCCAGGGCGUUUGGGAGGGGGUGAAAGGACUAGUCGACGGCGGAUGCCCGCCGGGGCUGGUGUUGAUCGACGACGGUUGGCAGUCCAUCUGCCACGACGAGGACCCGAUCACCUCCGAGGGGAUGAACCGGACCUCUGCCGGUGAGCAAAUGCCGUGCAGGCUCAUCCAGUUCCAGGAGAACUAUAAGUUCAGAGAGUACGAGAGCCCGUACAAAUCCCGGCCUGGCCCGAAGACGGGGAUGGGGGCCUUCAUUCGGGACCUCAAGGAGAAUUUUAACACUGUGGACUACGUGUACGUCUGGCAUGCACUGUGUGGGUACUGGGGUGGGCUUAGGCCCAAUGUUCCUGGCCUGCCCGAGGCAAAGGUGAUCCAGCCCAAGUUGACACCUGGGCUCCAGACCACAAUGGAAGAUUUGGCUGUUGACAAGAUUGUGAACAACGGUGUUGGGCUGGUCCCGCCCGAAAUUGCUGACCGUAUGUACGAAGGACUACACUCUCAUCUGGAGAGAGUCGGAAUUGAUGGAGUCAAAGUGGACGUCAUCCAUUUGUUGGAAAUGCUGUGCGAGGACUAUGGUGGAAGAGUGGAGUUAGCAAAAGCUUAUUACGAUGCAUUGACAUCCUCAGUGAGGAACCAUUUCAAAGGGAAUGGUGUGAUCGCAAGCAUGGAGCACUGUAAUGACUUCAUGUUCCUUGGUACUGAGGCCAUUUCUCUCGGCCGUGUCGGAGAUGACUUCUGGUGCACUGAUCCAUCCGGCGAUCCCAACGGCACAUUCUGGCUGCAGGGAUGCCACAUGGUGCACUGUGCCUACAACAGCUUGUGGAUGGGCAACUUCAUCCACCCCGACUGGGACAUGUUCCAGUCCACCCACCCUUGUGCUGAGUUCCACGCCGCCUCACGAGCCAUCUCCGGCGGACCUAUUUACGUCAGUGACUCAGUCGGCAAGCACAACUUCGAGCUGCUCAAGAGCCUCGUCCUCCCCGAUGGUUCCAUCCUUCGCUGCGACUACUAUGCUUUGCCCACUCGCGACUGCCUCUUCGACGACCCACUUCACAACGGCAAGACCAUGUUGAAGAUUUGGAACCUCAACAAGUUCACCGCAGUGGUGGGGGCGUUCAACUGCCAAGGCGGCGGGUGGAGCCGCGAAGAGCGCCGCAACAAGUGCGCUUCCGAGUACUCCCACGUUGUCUCCUCCGUGACAGGCCCCAGCGACAUAGAAUGGAAGCAGGGCAACAAUCCAAUCUCCGUCGACGGAGUUCAAACAUUCGCCAUGUACUUGUUCCACGAGAAGAAGCUGGUCCUCUCCAAACCAUCUGGCACCAUCGACUUGUCGCUGGAGCCAUUCGAAUUCGAGCUCAUCACAGUCUCCCCUGUCAAGGUUCUGCCCAAGAGUUCCGUCCAGUUUGCUCCGAUUGGUCUGGUUAACAUGCUGAACACCGGUGGUGCCAUUCAGUCGUUGGUGUACAAUGAUCGGGCGAAUUCAGUUCAAAUUGGAGUGAAGGGAAGUGGAGAAAUGAGGGCGUUUGCUUCUCAGAGACCAGUGGUGUGCAAAGUGAACGGUGAGAGCGUGAGAUUUGCGUACGAGGAUUACAUGGUGGUAACUCAAGUGCCAUGGCCGAACUCUUCUGGGCUGUCUGUCAUCGAAUACUUGUUCUGAUCAUCAUCACGAAAUUAAAAAGGAUGCCCAAGUUAAGAUAUUGUUAAGGGGCAUUUGGUUUUUUUUUUUUACUGAUUAUCAUGUAUUUCUUUGAAGCAAGAAAAUGUAUUUCCAAUCAAUGAAAUAUGAAUAAGUUGAAGUUUUUGCAUC